AGUACCGGUAGUCUUGACACCCUUAGUAUAAAUAUUAAUGGACAGAACUGGCCAAGACCUGAGUCUAUGAUGUCCUCAUGGCUUUUAUGCCCCUAGGGACCGCUAGCCAGUUCAAAGCUAGUAAUAGGUCACCAGUGACGUUUAUCUUUUACCCCACUGGCUUCAGAGAAAGGCUAGUAAAUGGAAAGCUUGCUUUUAACUCAGAACAGGUGAACUUUAUGUGUCCUACACUCAGAAUUCCAGGGCAUACUGUUACAUUUUAGUAGUUGAAAUUUGACUAUUUAAGGGAUAAAAGGUUUAUUAAAGGUGAUUCUUUUUCUUUUAUAUUAAAAUGCUUUCUCAUACAGCUUAAUAUGCAGAGGUAUUUCAUGCAAUUACAGAUGCGGCAUUUUGACUGUACUUUUGCACAGUUGAGAACACAUUUCAAGAAAGAGUCUGAGUUUGCAAUAUAUUUCCUCCUUCCUAGCUACCGCGAAAAACUCGCUCUGUCUGGAUGUGCUUAAAUGCACAGUAAGGAUUCUUGUUGUAUAGUCUAUAACACAUGUGCACUUCAAUAAACCCAAAGAACACAGGUUAAUGUGUUUACAUGCCGGGAGAAAUCAGGGUAAGGGGCAAAAAUCUAGCUGUGUCAAUUGGUUUAUCAGUCGAUCAGCAGCUGACUGCAGCAUAUUAGUAUAAUAAAACCAGCAUGUAAAAUGUCCCAGGCUCUUUGCCCUACCCUGCCUCAUAUUACAGUAACGUUAAUAAAACUUAAAUACAUUAGCUUGUCCAUGAACACGAUUUCUGCCUGAGUCCCAUUGGAUUGCUCUCCAUCGGCUGUGGAGGUGAAGAAAACAACUCCCAUGAUUCCCCACUCAUCAUGGCAUCAUCAAGCUAUGCCUUUGUUAUUGUUUUGAAUAAGCAAACUCUAGUGGCAAAACUUAUGUACUGUACUUUGCCUUUUAAGAUAUGUAAUUUGUAGGAUGUUUUAAUGGUACCAGGAUUUCUCAUUUCAUGAACCCUUUAAAUCACAUUAGCAAGUUCAACCAAUUAAUAAUUACAUUUUUUCAUCAGUCUUUCUUCCAUCAUUAAUGAGUAACUACACAGGAACAAAUGAGUAACACAGUAUUAACAUCCUAGUAACUACUAAUAACUAGCAACAAACUUCGGUUAACAAAUUAGUAAGUAAUAGCAGUAAAUUAGUAAGUAAUAGCAAUAAAUUAGUAAGUAAUAGAAUUAAAUGCUGUAAUUCACUAUUAGCUGAUCAAUAACUACUAUUUUUUCAUAUCUCCCAGAGAACUUCUACUACUAUUAUUUUAUUGUGUUUUGUUGCAAUGUGGAUAAAGAGAGAAUCUGUGGGGGGGAAAGUGGUAUACUGGUUCUUUUAUUUUAAUAUUUAUUGUUCUGUGGAUUGAACACAUUUUUAGAGUGAUUCUCAAUAUAAUUGGCCUCCUUUUUUGACAUGAUCCAAACAAGAGCAUGCGCAAUUACUUUAGCCUCUCUGCUUAUCUUGCUCCCUCUCUUUAAAAACUCCUUACUGGUCACAGCUGGUCUGGGGUCUUUUUUCAGUGGAGGGACAGACAAUCCAAAUGGAAUUUAGAGCAGAUAAUCAUGUGAGUUGCCCAAUUCUUCACUUACAGAUUUAUCAUAUCAGUGUUGGUUUAAUCUAAAACAUUUUAAAUCUUUCUAGUAAUCUUGGAUUUAAACAGUUCUUUGUUGUAUUAUUCCAAGUCUGUAAAUUCAUGGCAACCUGUAAAUUACAUAGAUGUGGUUACUUAGAAAUGAAUUUUCACAUCAAGUUGUAUUGAGUCCAGCCACCUUUUCUUGUUCUUGGCAAAUGAAUACUUUGAAGGAAGAGACCUAGAUGGGUUUUUCACUGCAGUCUUUGCAUUCCUUAAGUCUUACUGUGCUACAAAUGAUUAUCAGUUUCUCAACCCUUUUAUGAGCACAGCCAAGCACAGUCAUUAGGCCCUCCCUCCUUGUAAAGAGGCGUGCAAUAUUUGUUCACAUGAGCUGGUGUGUAACAGUUGACUUUAAAUCAGUUGAGAAACCAGUGCCAGUGUUGGACAGUACCUAGAAACCAUAUUGGGAAACACUUGAAUGAAACUACAAAAAAAAAAGAGCAUGAGAACAUCAGAAAGAAACCUAGUGAGCUGGAGGCAAGUCGGCACCAAUCCAUAGUUUUUUGGGCCAUUGUAAUCUUGGGGAAUGGUUCUCCAACCACAUCUGAAAAUUGCUACCAUUAAGAGUAUUUGGGAAGAGAGAUGGUGGUUUACUGGAUUUAAUCUCAGGUUAUCACAAUGGUUUGAAUCACCUCGGUUGUCCACCGCGUCUGUUGGCAGUAAUGAUCGGGCCUCCACUGCUACGCUGUCCGAUUGUUCUGACUUCACAGAUGUCCAGAGGCCCGUAAGCUUGGUCUCCACCAUCUCAUCCGGGUCUGGUUCCUCUCGGGACGGCGUUCUCCUGUCAGGUACCCCAUCUGCUGGUGUGCCCAUUGAAGACAAUGUGGAUCUGGAGUUAACACCUGCUGCUGAUUUAAAUGAGACUCAGGGCACUAAUCUCGCCCAAGCAUCCUGUCACUUUUUCCAGCAAAACAGCAGCAACACUGUUAACAACAACAACAGCUCCUCCGUUUCCAACACUUUCUCUCCAUUUGCUGCCAACACCAUGGCACCCAACCCUGAGCUCACCUACUUGGACCGUGUGGUCAUGGAGAUCAUUGAGACGGAGCGGAUGUAUGUGAGAGAUCUGCGGAGUAUCGUAGAGGAUUACCUUGCUCACAUUAUAGACACUGGAGAUCUUCCCAUCAAGCCAGAACAGGUGUGUGCUCUAUUUGGAAACAUAGAGGACAUCUAUGAGUUUAACAGUGAGCUGCUUCAGUCACUGGACAUGUGUGACAAUGAUCCUGUGGCCAUUGCCAGAUGCUUUGUGAUCAAGCGUGAAUAUUUUGACAUCUACACACAAUAUUGCACCAACUACCCAAACUCUGUGGCUGCUCUAACAGACUGCAUGAGAAACAAAACUCUUGCCAAGUUCUUCAGGGAGAGGCAAGCUACUUUAAAGCGAUCUCUGCCUCUGGGAUCUUAUCUUCUCAAGCCUGUCCAGAGGAUCCUCAAAUAUCAUCUGUUACUUCAGGAGAUUGCCAAGCACUUUGAUCCAGAGGAGGAGGGUUAUGAGGUGGUGGAGGAGGCCAUAUACACUAUGACUGGUGUUGCAUGGUAUAUAAAUGACAUGAAGAGAAAACAUGAACAUGCUGUUCGUCUUCAGGAAGUCCAGUCUCUGCUCAUAAACUGGAAGGGACCUGAUCUGACUACAUAUGGAGAACUGGUUCUCGAGGGCAACUUUCGUGUCCAUCGUGCCAAGAACGAGCGUACACUCUUUCUCUUUGACCGCAUGCUCCUCAUCACCAAACGAAGAGGAGAACAUUAUGUCUAUAAGACCCACAUUUCGUGCUCAACUCUCAUGUUAAUUGAGAGUGCCAAGGACUCGCUAUGCUUCAGUGUCACUCAUUACAAGCAUCCCAAACAACCUCAUACUGUCCAGGCUAGAACAGUGGAGGAGAAAAAAUUAUGGGCUCAUCAUAUUAAACGGCUCAUUCUAGAGAACCAUCAGGCUGUGAUACCACAAAAGGCAAAGGAAGCAAUCUUGGAGAUGGAUUCUAUUUACAAAAAGUAUAGGUACAGCCCUGAGAGACUCAAAAAGUCUGUGUCGUGCCAGUCAGAGGAGUUUUCUAACUCUAGACAAGGCCGGAGACAGUCAGAACCGUCUAAAGAGAUCUUGAAGAACACUACAGCAAUACUGAAGCAUUCUGACAGCGAAGGGACAUUGCCCGCUGACAAGCGGCCUUUACAAGCCACUUCUAGUGUUAGCUCUCUUGGCUUGUGCGAGUCUUCAGCUGAGAAGCCUGUCGCACGAGAAGAAUACUCUCUUGAAGGCCUGAUUCCCAGUGAUAAUGAGGAGCCAGUCCAUAGCUCGCCAUCUCUGAAGGGCAGAUUGAUGCAAGACAAUGAGGACGAAGCAGAGGGGGAGGAAAGUGACUCUGACGAUAUUCUAAUGGAGGACAACCAGGUAGCUGACUUUGCCAGUUCCAUGUUGGCUGCCAUUUCCUGCUGGCACUAUAGAGCCAGAGCUUUGCUUUCCAUGGACUUCACAACGGAAGAAGAGGGGUGUGAGGUCACUGGGAAUAAUUUUAAAAGAGAAAAUGGCCCAUCAGUUGAACAGGUGGAGGCAUAUCUUAUGGAUGAAAAGUAUAUCUCAGAACAGGAAAAAUCUCAAAACCUGAAAAUAGCCUCUUACUGGGGAUCCACUGAGAAAUUAAUGCCAGACACCUUUUGUGAUCCAGAGUCCAUAGAGGUGGACCAACAGAUCCCAAAUAUUCAGGAUCUGGAGUCGGCAAGGGAAAAAGAUGAUCAGAAAGGUCCCAAAGAACAGACAGAAGAGGCCCCAUCUCUGUUACAGCAAACUGAUACACCUGGUGAUUCUUCAGAGGAAGAGGAGGAUGUAGAAGAGAAAUCAGACUCCACUAGCAUCCUACCAUCAUCUGUGCUUGAUAAGGCCAGCGCCAUUGCGGAACACUUUGUCUGUACCGCACGACGUAGUAGCAUAAGCACAGAUGAAAUGCGCUCCCUUGGUUGCCCAUCUCCAUGUCUUCCCAGCAGGACUGGAAGCACUCUAAGUCUGGGAGAUGCCCGCAUUGUUAGCACCUGCUCUGAGUCACAUGGCAUUUCAUUGACCCAGGAAGCCCCUCCAUCAUCAGACUUCAUGAUUGGGUCAUCAGGGGACGACAGUCUUUUUGACUCUGAUCGAAGCAUCUACAGAAGAAGGGAUUCAGUGCUUUCCCGGCAGGAUCAACUACUCAUUGACAAGAUAAGGAGCUACUAUGAGAAUGCAGAGCACCAGGAUGCUACUUUUAGCCUAAAGCGUAGAGAGAGCCUCACUUACAUUCCAAGUGGGCUUGUUAGAAAUUCUGUUAGUCGUUUCAACAGCAUUCCUAAUGAUAAAGGCCUUGACCUAGAGAAGACCAACAGUACAUCUAGACCUGAUAAAGCUAUAGAAUCUCUUUUUGUUACCUCAGCUCUAUCAGAGACCAAUUUGAGUGCAAAUUCAGCCUCUCUGGAACAUCCUGUUAUCAGUGCUUCCACAGAUUUCACUAGGUUUGACUCUGAUGUUGAUGGUUUCAUGAAACCUCAGUCCAUCUAUUACCAAACUGAAAGUCAUCCGGAAGAGGUUUUCCGUUCCUCUUCUGAGAUGAUCAAAGUCUGGCAAGAUAUGGAAAGAGAGGUCACUAGAUGUCAAGGGGACCUCAAAGCACUGAGGCCCAGAGAAAGUCCUUUUUAUAGAGGGACCAGUCCCAGUCUACCCAGGAAGGAUCCCAACCUUGGUAAAAAGACAGAAGCCAAAGGUGUUGAUGGACAGGUUAUAUCUGAAGAUUCAAAUCUGAGCACUAUCAGAGAGGAGUCCUUCACACCAUCACCUUGUAAAGAGAAGGAAAACCAUGCAGCCAGUGAGAAUGAUGUCAUCAGACCCAGACAAUGGGAGGAUGAAGUUAGACCCCUUAGAGCUCUAGCCCCCCAAAUUAUCAGGCUGAGAGCAGAAACUGAAGAUGAGAGAGACACAGGAACUCAGUCAGCAGAAGAUGUUUUUUCAUCCCAAAACAAAGUUUUUCAUCUUGCAAGGAAGUACAGUCAACGCAUUAAGUGCACACAACCAAUGCUGAGACAGAGGAGUCAGGAAUCUGGGGAUACAUGGUUGGCCACGAGGAACCUUCUAUCGGUGGUGGAAGAAAAGCCAGAGAAGGAGAACAAGGGUAAACCAGACUUGAUGCUGUCCAUGGCUGCAAAUGAUCAGGCUGAUUAUGAUAGACACCAGAAGUCCCAGAUUAUGACUCCCAGCCCAGUCCACACUCCCAAUUCUGUCAGUAGCCCAAAGGUCUUGUCCCCACAUCUGUCUCAUUCCAGGAGUCCUAUUAGUCCUCCACCUGAGAACUUCAACUGGCCAGAUGUCCGUGAGCUUCGCUCAAAAUAUGCACACAUUAGCAGCUCAUCUUCUCAACCACUAGUAGGCCAAAGUCGUUCUGUGUCAGAGAGAAUGUUCGAUGGCAGUUCUAGAAGACGUUCUAGCUGUUCUUCUAGCCGCUUAGUUACCUCUAAUGGCUGCACAGACUCUUCAAUUAACACAUUUUAUCCAGGAAAGGAUUCGGGAGAAUUGCUGACUCGAAUGCAUCGUGCUGGUUCUCUAGACCAAAAAUUGGGUAGUUUGUACUUGAGUGAUCUGCAUAAUCUUCAGAGUAAAAGCAGUGGCUACUAUGUCUCUGCUCAAGCUACCCUUCCAAAUGAGAAGAAUAUAAUUGUAGUUGAGAAAGUACCUGAGGUUACACCAUCAGUAGAGAUGGACCUACCUACCAAAGAGUGCAUGAAACAGGAAAUAACAACAGAUGAUAGCUACGUCCAAAUUCGCUCACCAACUUCUCGUGAGAAGAUCUCAAUUAUGGCUGUCAUUGACCGCUGUCGGGCAUAUCAAGAGUCAGAGGAAUACCGUCUGAGGGAAGAGGGAGCAUCCAAGACAGAACAGUUACCUAAGACUGAAAGGUGCAAAAAACUUGAGAAAGCUCCAUCCCCUAGAGAACACUUAGAUGAUGAUGAUGUUAAAAAUGCAUUGGAUUCUGGGAAAAAUGCUGACGCUAGUCAACACAGUGUUGUCAAGAACCUCAGAGAAAAAUUCCAAAACAUAAGAUAAAAUCACUUGUUUUAAGGUACAUGUAUUUUAUGUUUCAGAAAUACUACAAAGUUGUUGGCUUCAUUCAUUUUUUUAUGUCUUGACCACUGAAGGUAUGGUCAGCACAUAUGCUGUAGCCAAAUAAAUCAUUUGGCAAAUUUAAACCUCAAAACUAAUAUUCUUUACAUUUUGCAUGCUACUUUACUGGUAUUUUGGACACUGUUUGAUUUAUGUUGCCUACUGUUAAACCUAGUAGAAACCUAUGGAUUUUUUAUGGUCUGAAUGUCAGGCAGAAAGUGUAAAUAUUGUACAUUCUUGUACAUGCAUUCAUUCUGUUGUACCAUUCACAUAUUUGAUUGUAGAUGUACAUGUGUGUGUUUAGUAGUUAUUUUACAUAAAUGUAAAGGUUACAUUCUACUUUAUGAUUGUUUAAAUUUUGGCAAAAGUAUCUCAAUUCAUGUAAUACAGUAAAGUCUAGUCUAUAUUUGCAGAGUAGUGUAAUUACAGUCUAGAUUCUAAGUGGAACAUACCACUUGAAAACGGGUUUUUACUCAACUUUUAACUAGAUGGCAUACAUGGGACAAGUGUUAUUUUCCUUUGUACCUAGGUAACUAGAUCCUAAUGUUUAAAGACAUAAGAACAAGUAGUACAGUAUGACCAUUUUAAUUAUAUUCUAAGCUUACCAUGUGUCAUUGUGGUGCAUGAUAUAUCUGCCACUAACACCAGACUUUGGGUAAUGUCACAACAACACUGUUGGUUUAGCAGCCCAUGACUAAUGCUGAUGGACUGGUCUUUGCGAAAUCGGUAAUUUUCUUCAGAACCGCUCUCAUUGAUCAUUGUUUGUGUGUGUGUGUGUGUGUGUGUGUGUGUGUGUGUGUCUGUUAUUUAUUAAGAUUCUAUCUAUCUGACUUAAUACAAAUGCACCAAGAAAUACAGUUCAUAAAGUGGAAAGUCUGGAAGAUUCACUCCGUAAUAAAACCGAAGAGAAUUCAACUUUG